UCUCCCUCUCUCUCAAUAAAUUGCAGUCUGUUCCAAUUUCAACACAGAUCUACAAACCUAGUUUUACACUCGUUCGUGAAUCCACUCCCAAAAACAGUCCCGCUCACCUAUAAAUAAACUCCCCCCAAAAAUCUUCGAUUCCUUGCUUCCUUGCUCUGUAGCAAAUUGGCAAUUUCUCUCUCUCUCUCUCUCUCUCUCCUUUCUCUUUCGAACUCAGUCCCCUCUUGUCUCUCUGAGUCUUUAAGGUCCCCAACUACUCCUGCUUUUAAGUUUCAACGACCCCCAACUCCUUCCCAUCAUAGCUUUUACUUUUUCUUUGCAAAAAUGGCGAUGUGGGCUCUGCUUCAUCUUCUCACCACCGCCCUCGUUCUCCUCUCCUGGCCAUUGACACCCGCAACUGCAAACUUAGAAGGGGAUGCUCUUUUCGCGUUGAGAAAAGCUGUCAAGGACUCCAACAAUGUUCUCCAGAGCUGGGAUCCCACUCUGGUUGAUCCCUGUACUUGGUUUCACGUCACCUGCGACGGCGAUAACCGGGUCACUCGACUAGACCUUGGAAAUGCAAACCUGGUCGGCAGCCUAGUACCUGAACUGGGCAAGCUGCAACGGCUUCAAUAUCUGGAACUGUACAUGAACAAUUUGACUGGUCCUAUACCAAAAGAGCUGGGAAGAUUGAAGAGCCUUGUGAGCUUGGAUCUCUACCACAACAACUUCACUGGGUCCAUUCCUUCCUCGCUUUCCAACCUCUCCAAUCUUAACUUCUUGCGACUAAACGGAAACAGACUGACCGGAACAAUCCCGAGGAAACUUACCAAAAUCAGAAGCCUCAAGAUCUUUGAUGUAUCAAACAACGAUUUAUGUGGUACCUUCCCAACCUCAGGCUCCUUCUCCAAGUUCUCAGAAGAAAGUUUCAAGAAUAACCCAAGGUUGGAAGGACCAGAGCUGAUGGGAUUUGUCAGAUAUGAUACUACAGGAAACUGCAACUGAUCACUGAUGUGUACCAAUCACUACUAGAAGCAACAAAGUGGUUGCCCAUUCCACCUUCCUAGUCAAAUACCCCUAUUUAUUUUAAUGUAAACCUUAUUGGAAAGCUUUUAAACAUGGUUUUUCAUUAGUACAAGUCCUACAACUCUGUAUAUCAAGGCAGCCACCACAUUGAGCAUAGGAAGCAGCUAAACAUGGUGGUGCCUUUUCAAUUACCCUCUUAUUGUUCUAAUACUUAUGGAGAACAUGCACUUGUUUGUAAAGUGAAUUUCAGGCAAACUGCAAUAAGCUCACGAGUA